AUGUCUACAGAAGCAACCGUCCGCGCAUUCUUCUCCUCGCCGCACUUCGCCGUCGUGGGCGCGAGCAACAAUCCUGCCAAAUUUGGGUACAAGAUCUUCGCAUGGUACACACACCACUCUUUACCCGCGACGCCCAUCAACCCGGGCAGCGCCAGCAUCAACGUGGACUCGGAGGCCUAUCCCACAAAGUCCUCGCUGUCUGAUCUGCCAAGCCCAAAGGAGACGUCUGUGUCUGUGAUAACGCCUCCCUCGGCCACUUUGAAGGUCCUGAAGGAGGCCAAGGAGCUCGGCAUCCCGGCUGUCUGGUUGCAGCCCGGCACGUUUGAUGACGAGGUAUUGAAGUUUGCCAGAGGAAAGGGUGAAGAUGGCUACGGUGGUGAGGUCAUUGCCGGCGAUGGCGGCAGAGGCUCCGAGGGCUGGUGUGUAUUAGUAGACGGGGAGAGGGGACUGAAGGCUGUGGGCAAGCUGUAG